AUGGCCCGGUCUUCCUCUUCCCACGUGACCGACUUGGACGUAAGAGCAUUGUCUGCCCUCCUCAGCCUCAGCGACGUGGAUGACGAUGAGAUCGAAGCUUCCAGAAGGAAAAAGGGCGGGAAAGACCUGACACCCGCCAGUCUCGCGGGCAUAACGAAAGGGUCCAACGCCAGAAGCGGCACCGAUGUCGCAAAAAGUGCUGGAUGCCGCGAAUCGACCAAAACAAAGAGUGUCUCCGGGAAUACCUCCUUGGACUCGCUGCUCGGUGACGUCUGGGAGGUAGAAGAGGUGAAGCUGGGUCAAUGUGUGGAACCCGCUGACCCUCGACCCCAACCCGAAUAUGAGGUCAACUACAGACAACGUGUGACCGCCAACCAAGUGUACCUACCGCUGAGCAGCCUGGCGCCCGACGGCCGCGGGGAGGAGGACCUGGUGGUGCGCAUCGUCCUGCCCGGCGACCUCUUCACCGACGUCAACCUCGAAGUCACCUCCAGCACCCUUCGCCUCGCCUCGCCCAACCACCUGCUCCACCUGCCCCUUCCUCGCCAGGUGGACCAGAGGAAGGGCGUCGCCACCUGGGAUCCCAACGCCUACACUCUUGUUGUCACGCUGCCGGUUUCUGCUCAGCCGUUGCUCAGACCUGCGAGUUCUUCCCGAUAGAUGUCUCUGGUUGACGCCCAGGAGGGUGGUGGUGGGUAUUUCGACGCGGGUUUCCACGCUCGCGCCCAUGCCCCUGUUCCAUGCUGGACGUUUCGAUUGUUCUACGCCCACGCCCGUGUCCUACCCUAGAUGUAGGCCUGUGUGUGGUCUUCCUUCAGUGUUUAAGUCACGACUAAAUCACGACUUUUCUGCGAUCGGCGCCGAAUGCUGGGGCGAUGAGAGGGCUACGUGACUAUUUAUUUAUUCAUUUAUUUAUUUAUUUUUAAAAAUCAAGAACAGCCGGAGUCUUCAAGAUUAUUCUUAGGACAGCAAGAAGAGAAAUUAGGUACGUCACAUAUACGAAUAUUGGCACUGCUGCAGACAUGUCAGUUUAUGUUUGCUUCUUUGGGAUGAUUACUUGGGGAUCAGUCGAUAAAUAGGCUGCUUGAUGCGACGACUUUCAGGGUCUCUCUCUCUCUCUCUCU